UUCAUUGAUACAUACAUACACACACACACAUAUAUAUAUAUAUAUAUUAGAGUAUCGACUGAGACAAAAAGAAGAGAAAAACCGAUCUCUUACGUACGCAAUGAAGAAAGCAGAACUAGUUUUCAUUCCCUCUCCAGGCAGAGGCCACCUUGUAUCAAUGGUCGAAUUUGCCAAGACAUUAGUCGCUCGAGAUGAUCGCUUUCAUAUUACUAUCCUCAUCAUGAAGUUGCCAUUUGAACCCAAGCUCUCCGCCUACACCGACUCACUUGUUGCCUCUUCAACCUCCGAUCGCAUCAAGUUCGUCGACCUCACCAGCCGGGACCACAUCGUCAUUUCGGAAACCCACCCCCUCCUCUUUAUGGAAAUAUUCAUUGAGAAUCAUAAGCCUAAAGUCAGAAACGCCGUGACCGCACACUUCGAGUCCAAUAUAGAUCUCGACUCUCCUCGGCUUGCUGGAUUUGUCAUCGACAUGUUUAUGACAACAAUGAUAGAUGUGGCCAAUGAAUUUAAAGUUCCAACCUACGUCUUUUUCACAUCGAGCGCUGGCUUUCUCGGUCUCACGUUACAUAUCCAAGCUCAUCAUGAUGAUAAGGAUGGUGAGACAAAUAUGGACACUACUCACUUCUCUCAAGACUCGGAUGCUGAGUUUUCAGUUCUGGGUUUCUUAAACCCGGUACCUACCAGUGUCUUUCCAGGCGUGUUCUUUGACGAUGCUUCGACCGCCAUCUUCGUUAACCAUGCUAGAAAGAUCAGAAAAACUAAAGGGGUUAUCUUAAACACGUACAUGGAACUAGAGUAUCAUGCAAUUCACUCUCUACUCCGUGACAGUGAAUCUCCACCGUUAUACUCUGUGGGACCCAUCGUAUCUCCUAACGACGACAGCAGCGAACUCCUUUCAGCCCGCCAGUACUCGGACAUCAUGAAUUGGCUCGACGAGCAGUCUCGUUCAUCGGUAGUGUUUCUGUGCUUCGGGAGCAUGGGGUUCUUCGAUGAGGAUCAGGUGAAAGAGAUAGCAUGUGGUCUAGAGCAGAGUGGGCUCAAUUUCCUCUGGUCCCUCCGGCAGCCAUCGCCCACGAACAAGUUCAGUUCUCCAAAAGACUACGAGGAUCCGACAGAAGUCCUCCCGGAGGGAUUCCUCGAACGGACUGCCAGCAGAGGAAAGAUCAUAAGUUGGGCACCACAAGUGGCCAUCCUGUCUCACCCAGCUGUCGGAGGCUUCGUGUCGCACUGCGGCUGGAACUCGAUUCUGGAGAGUUUAUGGUUUGGUGUGCCGAUCGCUGCGUGGCCACUGUACUCGGAGCAGCAACUGAAUGCAUUUGAGAUGGUGAAGGAGUUGGGAUUAGCCGUGGAGAUUAGAUUGGACUACGUGACGGGGUUUUACUGUAAGAAAGAGCAAACUAUAGUAAGAGCUGGAGAAGUGGAGGAAGGAGUGAGAAAAUUGAUGGAGGUAGCCGCCGAUGAUGAGCGAAGAAAACGAGUGAAAGAGAUGAGCGAGAUGUGUAGGAAAGCGUUGACUGCCGCUGGGUCUUCUUACUCUUCCUUGAGUGGUUUGAUUGGAGAUAUUAUUGAUAAUAAUCUUCCUUAGUCAAGUAGCCUUGAAGAUUAGAAUGCUAUUCUCCUUCUUUUUUUUUUAAUUUUGUCUUGUGUGUUUUUUCAUGUUUUAUUAGAGUUAGAUUCAAUACACAAGCUGUAUUAAUUACAUAGGAUUUUUUAUAUAUACUAAAUAAGAUAGUUAAUGCUUAAACUGUUGAUCCA